AACUGGACCCGUGCCCCCGGCCGUGCGAGCGGGGCCCCAAGCCGGCAGCCCCCGGCGGGGAUCGGCCCGUCUGCAGCCGGGCGGGGCGGAGGCUGCCCCGGGGAGGAGCCGGGAUCUCCGCGCGCGGCCCCGUCCCGCCUUGCGGCCGCGGGUGAAGCCCUGCUCGGUUCGCCUCUCUGCGAAAGGGAGGCAGCCCGGGCCGGCCCUUGGGGAGGCCGGGCUGGGGGCGCGGAGUCUCGGCUCCCGGGAGGUGCUGUGGCGCCCUCCGGUCCUUUUGUUUUGAAAGAAAAAAACCAGCCUGGGGUCUUCAGGAUUUAACUCGUCUUUGCCACAAGCAGCCCUCGGGCUUCCUUAACCGGCUUGGGGUCGGGGUCUGCGUUGCUCCCUUGGCCGAGCCACCUUGCCUGGGUUUUUCUGUAACGGAGCGUCGUGCGGGGCAGGCCGGCUUGAAGACGACUCUUCUCCCCCUUCCUUCGGGAGCCUCUGGGUGUCAUCCGCGCACAGCCUGGAGGGGCACCUGGCAGCACCAGUGCCAGAGCCGGCGGGAACAGGCUGGCAGGUUGUGGCUGUGUAAUGAGCAGCCAGAGGCAUCUUGGGAGUGAACUGUGAAAGGCUUUGGGUAUACAGUUUUGAUUGCCCUGAUGCUAUCAACUGGAGUGGAAUCAUUAGACAGAAAUCAUCCACAUCUCCUUGAUUCUUCCAUGUCUGCUGUGGUAGAGGAAUUGUACACAGGACUGCCAGUCAGCAUCUCCACUAAGCUUACUGCUGGGUCUGAGCCUAAUGCUGGACUAGACGCAAAGUCAGAAGCAUCACCACUUGUGCUAGCACAUAGUAACAUUUUGCAAUCUGAGGGCAAAAGGACUUGUGAAGUAAAAAACUGCUCUGAGGCAACUGAGAAUUUGGGUAAUGGGUAUAAGUCUGCUUGUAAAGGACUGACAGAAUCCCUUCCUGAAGAGGCUGGAGACCCUGCUGAGGAAGAUGAGGCAGAAAAUGGGAGCUUGGGAAAACAGGAUGCCUGUGCCAUUAGAUACCAGACAGAAAACACAGGAGCUCCUGAAGAAAUACAAAAUGCUGAGGAAGAGCUUGUUGGAUGUUCUGCUUUCAUCACCGAGGAGGAGCAGUGGUCAAGUGAACAGAAGAAACCUUGGAUACGCCCAAGUGGGGGAGAAUUUUCAAGGACCUGCUGCCAUGAAAUGCUGACACCUCUGAAAAGUAAAGAAGAAAACCAAGCAAAUGAACAGGUGACAACUGAAACUCUACUAAAGCCCACUGAAGAAGCACAAGGUAUGAAGGCUGAUGGGACUAGAAUAUUUAGUAAAGCAGGACACAGGAAUGACAGAGUGAGUAAAGGUCUUCCACCUCAGAGCAAUGAGUGCCCAGAUGUAGAAACAAUCAUGGUCAAUGGUGAGGUUUCAGAAACCAGGACCUUAGUUUCCUUAGAACCUUUAACAGUUGUGGGCACUGGAUCAACAAAAGAACAUCUACAUGAAGCAAAUGAAUAUAAAGGGUUAGCAGCCUGUACUGUCAUGCCAUUGACAGCAGAGGUUAAUGCCAAUUCUGACUUGGAGACUGGAGAAGAAAACUUAUCUAAAUCAAAUCAUGUUAAUAAAACACAUACAACAUCUGUUAAUUAUCAGACUGCUACUUAUCAGAAGGAAGAAAAUACCUCUCAUAAGUGUAGUGCUGUCCAUGAAUCUAAAAGUAAUAUUGAUGUUGAUAUGCUACUCUCAAAGGCAAGUUGUGAUGCUUGUCCUUUAAGAAGUGUAUGUAAUAUGAACUGUGGAACUAUGCCACAAGAAGAUAACACUACAGAGAGCUGUAAAACACAAGAAGAGAAUCUUGUUGAAGAUAUGGAAAAUAACACGUUUGAAAAUCAGCCUCAGCUUUUGGAGGAUUGUAUUUCAAAGCCAGUACUACAAGGGCAGAUCCCACCAGUGUGGGGCAAAGAACCAUUUAGCAGCAAGGCCGCACAAAGGGAAGUGGGCAGCAGUACUGACCAUUCACACAGCUUUAGCUCUGGGGAAAACCAGAGAGAAACUGCGGUAAAGGACAGUUAUGUUCUUGAUAACAGUCAGGACGUACAAGAUGGUAUUCAUUCAAAGAGUUGUCAUUCUUCAGUUUUUAGUUCUGUUGCUUCAUCACCUGAGGAGUUUCUAGAAGGAGAUUUAAAAAUAAUUCCUUCAGAAAUUCAUAAUCUAAAAAAGGAUAAGGACCAAUGGCAAAUCUCUACUAGCAAUGUAUGUAGUUAUGUAGCAGAACAGCAGACAAAAGAAAACAGCAGCAAAUCAAUGGAAACAAAAAACCUUGUUUGUACUAAUAGUGAAGACGCACAUAUGUGCUUUGACAGUGCUUACAAUAAAAACACUAAUUCUUAUCCCAGUAGCCAUUGUUCUCUGGAUGUUGUCACCAAGGUAGAUGAAGUUACACUUGAGAAGCAAUCAUUUGAAAAGAAAUCCAAGAGCAGUGUGAUGACAGAAGAGCUGGUCAUCAGCUUAGAUAAAGUUCCAAAAGCAAACAACAGUGCCAGCUUUGUCACAGACCAAGAAACUGCUUGCAUACCAUAUGAAGCCAUGCGUCCUGAUGCAGAAAAAUCAAAAGCAUCUCCUUGGGGUGGUGGUGAUGCAUGCUGUAAGGAAGAUGAGUACCUGAGCAGACUGUCUAGAAAUGAAUCAAUCAGUUCAUCAACAAAAGUGGAGGUCCAACCCACUGAUCAUCAGCUUUGUAAAGAUGAAGUAUGGUCUUCAAUAAAUCACAAGAAUGUUGAUACUUCUACGGUAGUGAGUAAAGAUUCCAUAAAAAGCACACUGUCUCCACUGGAAAAUACAGAAAUAAUGGUCACUGAUAUGGAAAACGAAUGCAGCAGCACAUGUUCUCAUAACAAACAAUGUACAAAAGACCCUUGUUCAGCUGUCAAUACUUGCUGCAUCUUGUCUGAUAAAACCAACUUUGAUAAUGUAUUAGUAAAUAGGCAUGCUUUCAAAGAGCAGGUUGAAGUGAACACUGAAGAAAUUGGUGACUUAGAAAUGGGAGACCCAUCUGGACAUAAGAGUGACAGCUUACCUGAAGAAUGUAUUUUUUUAGCAAAUAAGUCUGUCCCUUUUGAAGGGAGACUUGGUCACAAAAGUAGAGGUCAGCAUAUGACAAACCAUACUUCUAUAGCAGAAAAUGCCUUAUGUUCAAUUUGCACUGCAGAGAAAUCUACCACUGGCUUGUCAGAAGCUGAGAUAAAUGCAAACAUGGAAGUGGAAAGCUUGAAGCUACAUGAUGAUGGCUGUUGUGGAGUAAUGGAAGAAAGGCUAGAAUCUUACAGUGUUGUAAUUUCUUCUGAUCCAAAUGAAGGACAAGAACAAAUUAACUCUUACAGACUACAGAAAGAAGAACUUGAUAGAAAGAAAACUAUGGAUAGUAUAAAGGCUCAUGAAGGCAAUCGGAAAAAGGAUACUAGUGAACAGUCAUUAGUCAACAAAAAUUUGAACAAAAGCAUAAUUAGUCAUCGCCUUGAAAUUUGCAACUUGCAGGUGGACCAGGGAAAAGGGAAAAGAGAGACACUGAGGAAGAUCAGCAUGUUGUCUUGUGGAUUUAAUCUCUCAGAGUAUAAUACUUCAACUACGGACUCGGAGUCCAGCAUGCAUCAGAAAGAUUUGGACCAGUCAUUUGGCACUGAAUGUACAUGUUCUCAACAUGCAAACCAAUCAAAAGGGAGUGUUUGUCAGAUGCAAAAUCAAUACCUUGAAUGCCAAAGUGAGCCUAAAGGGCCAAUUUCGGGUGAGAAGCAAAAUGAAAUUCUUACAGUAGGUGAUGUUCCAGAGCACCAACAGCAUCAAAUGAAAGUCUUAAGUAAGCAGAUGUUCAAUACUGGCAUACAGACUAUGACUAGUUCAGGUGAAGACCAUAAAAUAUCUAUUGACUCCAAUCAAAAUGAGCUGGUUGGUCUGAAGGAGGAUAGAGACCUAACUCUAUUGCCUCAUGAAUUUUUAAGAGAAGAUAAUUUGCAAGAGACCUUCAAAGAAAGUAUGUUGGCUAAUAACUCUCCGCAUAGUGUGGUAAAUGUAGACCAUUCCACAGACUCAUUCAGUAACUUCUCUGAAGAGGAGAAAGUAGAAUUAAAGGCAGACAGUAAUAACUGUAGCAAUGCAAGUGAUGUUCAAGGGACUUUCAGAGAAAGUGUAGUGGAAUGUAGCUCUUUGAAUAAUGUGGUAAAUACAGACCAUUCAACACAACUAGAUUCUAUCAGCAGCACAAGCGAUCAAAGCAAGGAGCCUCUAAUGCCUGUAGAAAAUGCAAAUAUUUCUGAAUUACAGAAGAUGGAUAGCUUGGCCAUGGGCCAGAAACAUGAAGUUAGGACCAUUGUUGAAUCCUGUGUUGUUUCCCAGUUGAUCUCUAAGAGCCCAUUAGAUGAACAAGAAAAUACAAACCUUCUUUCAGAGAUGAGAAAUGAAAUGUGCUCACUGGCAAAUUUAAUAAUAAGUGACACUUGUGUUCAGUCUAAACUUGAGACUCUUACAGAAGCUGAUGGUCAAAAAGAUAUAGACACAAUGCAAUCCAAGGAGUUCCUUUUGAACCAAGAACUCCCUAGUGCUAAACCUGUAACUUCAGAAACUCAUUUGGGUCAGAGCAUGGAAAUCUGUCCCCCUCAGAAAGAUGAACCACUUGCACUACCUGAGAACACACACAUGGUUAACCAUGGCUUUUUUUCAGCAAAGGUUCUUUGCAAUCACUCUCCUGCUAAAGAGCCUCUUGAGGUAACAGUGUCAGGUAAGAGAACUGUUGAUACUAACAAUCCAUCUGUAGAGAGUGACAAAGCAAUUCACUUCCUAAAAGAGGCAGUUAAAUUAAAAGUGUGCACAGACAAUAGUGUUUGUAGUAAGGAGGGGCCUGUAAGUGAAAAGAACAGUAAGCCAGUUGAGAAAGAAACGGAUGCAACUUCAUCACAAUAUAGUAGUUAUACACAGAAAUUUAAGAGAACCUCUGUAGAAGAUGAGAUGGAAAGGGAAAAUAAAGUAAUGGUAGAAGAAAUAAACCAGCCUACACAUUCCAUUUUUGAAAGUAAAGAUUCCUUAGGCAUUUUGCUAGAUAAUGGGCAAUGUUUUUGUAAGAAAGUAGAAAGCUGUGUUCCUCUCUGUGUCAGCACUUCUGAAAAGCCUUCACAAGUUUGCUGUGUUGAACAGAUCCCAUCAUGUAGUUUGAAUAAUUGUUCUGAUAAAAUAUGUUGUUUUAGAAAUCUUUCAAAAUCGCCCAUUCUCAAGUUGCCUUCAGAAAGCACAGAUGACUCUUUGCUUGCAGGGAAAGAUUUAGUUAACGGGGAAACAUCAGAAAUCAACUAUACUGCAACAGCUGAAGCUUGUUCAGGUAGCAAUACGCAGUCAAACAGUUGUACAGAAGCAUCUCUGAAAUGUGUUGUCAGUGAAGAGUGUCUCCCUUUUGAAUUAAGUUCUUGGAACAAAGAGAACAGCAAGGAAGCUAUCAGAAAACAAAUGAAGCCACCAAGUAACUUAAUCACUGCAGAAAAUGACAGAUCUGGUAGAGAGAGACUUGACCAAGGAGAUGAAAGUCAAAUAUUUAAGCGAAAGAAUGUAUAUGAGGAGACAGAAGAAGUGUAUCUAGCUCAAAACCCCUUACUAUUGAAGAGGCAGACACAGCAAAAACAGGAGUCAAAAAAACAAGUGAACACAAAAAUCCCAUUGCAGCCCAGCACACUGUAUGAUGCUGAGUCUUUGGACACCUCUUAUGAGUUGGUGGCAUCUUCAGGAGUCACAAAGCUUGAAGAUCCUUCAGGACAGAUCUCUGCUAUUGUGAACAACAAGAAUUAUAAUAAAACCAGACAAAUGUUUAGCACUUUACAAGAUGUGAAAAGGCCAAAGAUUACAGAGAAAGGUGUUAGCUCACUGUAUAUGAAGGAACCAGAACUGGAAAGAAUGAGCCUUCAGUUAGGGACCCACGUUAAGUUGUCAACCGAUAGUAGCCUUUUUAUUCCAAAUUCAAAUAUGCUUCCAGGAGCUAAUAACUUUGGGCAUAGUGAAAUCCAUGGUGCCUUUGGGAAUACACACAAACCAAGCAGGCUCCUUCUACUGAAAAAACAGCCAGGAAGGAAGUGCAAGAGAGUUGCCAUGCCAGAUCAGCUCAAAACUAUAAGAAAAAAUACCAAAAUUAAGAGCUCAGCCUUUUUAAGGAAUUCCUCUGGAACCAUUCUUAAGCAAGAACAUGCACUCCUCCACUCUACAUGUUUUGCAGAUAAACCACCAGCUGUGGAAACAGAAAUAGCUGUGAGAUUGGACCAUAUACCAAAGCAGAGAACCAAUAGGUUCAGUUUGAGCAGCUUGAAAUUUAGUAAAUGCACCAAAGAGCCAGCAUUGUUAACCAAGCUGUCUACAUUGGCCAGUAGGCUACUGUCCCCAGCCAAAAGCACACGGAAAUUAAGACCUCUGCAGACUUCUUCAGAACUUCUUCCAGUGGCUGAAAAGUAUGGCCACCUUAAUAGGCUACUGGAAAUGUUUUCAUGCAUUAACAUGAAGUUAAGCUCGCACUGGGCUGAUGGCUGGUGCACAAAGAUGUUCAGCUUUCCACCUUUGGCACUUUAUCCUGGAGAAUCCACCAAAAUUCAUUCGAGCAACAGGAUUCCAUCACCAUUUCUCAAUGCCCCAUUUCUCCCACUUCCUUUUCCCAUAAAAUUGGACUCCAAUUCUCUGACAAACUUCACUGGGUUUAUGUCCCAGCAUUGCAUAGCUGAUAGACCAGCUUUAGGAGCAGCACCAGCACAUCCUCUACAAUCUUCAAAAUGGACCCUCUCCUUUUUCCUGUCCCCGAGCUGGUCAGGUACAGCUGUUUUCAGGGAAGACGCCAAUUUUGGUAAUAAGCUGCACUCUUCUGUUGUAUCUCUAAGAACCACAGAGGCCCCUGCCCCUAGUCAUGACUGUGGAAGAAAUGCCACAGCCAAGAGGAGAGCAAAUUGUUCCAUGCUUGGCCUUCACACCGUGUUAGCACUUUCUUCCCCUGGAUGUUACAGGAUCUGGACAAGAAGAAGAAAUGUAACCAGUCGAAUUCCCACCAUCCAGAGACUGUUUAUGUCACAAUUCACACAGGGCUUGAAAGGGUUAAAGUCUCCAAUUUCUGUAUCAGAUGACCUCUUCUCUUCAUUACCCUACUCACUGGGCAGGGCACUUUCCAUAUGGAGCCAGCAUGGGCCUUCUGCACAUUGUCCUUCUGAAUUCCCUCCUGUCCAUUCCAAUCACUGCAAGUGGCAGCCAAGUGUGGGCAUCGAGAACAGUUAUGUCAUUUUACCACGGAUGCCUUUCCAUGGCACAGAAGCAGCAAGGAUCUCAGGUGAUGAGAUAAAGCUGGAACCUUCAUUUUCAGUUUUGUUACCAAAGUCUUGCUCAGUUCCAGAAUCAACUGUGUCUCCACUAAGACUUUCAGCUCCUGAAUUCCAGGUCCAUCCCUUUGAAGUUGAUGCUUCUCUCCCACCAUGUCCCGGAUCUCAGACUGACACUGAAUUUAAAAAAGCUGAACCAGAAAAGAGGCCAAAGAGAGUCUCUCAGAUCCGGAUUCGGAAAACUGUUCCUAAGCCAGAUCCCAACCUCACCCCAAUGGGACUCCCUCGACCAAAAAGGCUCAAGAAGAAAGAGUUUAGUUUAGAGGAAAUUUACACAAACAAGAAUUACAAGUCCCCUCCUACAACAAGGUGUUUGGAAACCAUCUUUGAGGAGCCCAAGGAGAAAAAUGGAUCCUUGAUCUCUGUCAGCCAGCAGAAGAGGAAGAGGAUUCUGGAGUUUCAGGACUUCACCAUUCCUCGGAAGAGGAAAGCAAGAAACAGAGUCAAAGUGGCUGGAAGUUUCACACGAGCAAAAAAAGCUGCACUACAGGGCACAGAGCUAGAUGCCCUUUUGAUUCAGAAACUAAUGGACCUUGAAGCCUUCUUUGCAGAGGAAGAAGAACGGGAGCAAGCAUCUGGAAGCUGAAGGAGACAUCUAACUAGAAAUGGCCUAAAGUUCCUUUAAUGUUUAGAUCCACUUGGGAAGGAUUUGCUGGUCUCUUCAUUCCACUCAGUCCUAAUACCUGAUGAUCAGUUCUUGGCUGUGACCCACUUUGAAAUGUUAAUAUAUAUAAUAUAUAUUUUUAAUAAUGUGGGAUUUGUUCCUCUGAUUCCUUUUCAUAAUUGUGACACAGUGGCUCUCACUGUUCCUUCCCCAACCGCUCUAAAAAUUAUGGCUAAUGUUUAAUUAUUUUGAAAUACUUCCUAGGAAUUAAGUAGGGAGAGUAAAGGAGGAAGUAACGCACCUUCAGUAAUGCUAAAUACUCCUGAACUUUUGCACGUUUAUUUGAGUUUGCUGCUGUGACUGUAGUGGCUAAAUCUGAACAUGUUGACAGCAGAAGUAGGGGGCUGGAACAGGGAUGAAUUCAAGUAAGUGGAUUCUUGCAUUGAGAUACCACUAUUUUAAUUAUUAAAGAUUACUAGUCUGGAUUUGCUUAUAAUUACUUCAGUUUUUCUCUGUACUCAGAAGUUUCCUUCUGUGAUUCUUUUAUCUUUCAUAGCUUCAAGCAGCAGAAGCCCCUCAAGACUAAAUCUUAACUAACUUGCACUUUGUGUUUCUUGUUUUUUAAUUUGCUGCAUGAGGGCGCCUUUUAUUGUAAUGCUGUUCUUUUAAAAAUAAUAAUAAUAAUCGUGCAUUAAGAACAAUGGUGCAGAAUGCUAGGGUCUCCCAAAUAGUUAAGCUGAGUUUAGCCUAGUUGCUGGUGCUUUACCUUUUGGUUGAAGAAGGUAAAGUACCUUCCUCAGCCAAAUAUUACUGGGAAAUAUUAACGGGAAAAUAUUAUUAAGGUUCCUAUAACUCCUACGUAGUUCUAUAUUUAACACUUUUGGGCUUUGCUCAGAGAUGGAGCACCAGGAACUUCCAAGUGAGGCUGGACUCUUAAUUGGUUAUACUUCUGACAAGAAGGCUAAUUUUAUCUCAGCAAGCAAGCAAGCAGGUUUUUCUGCAUUUUGUCUUUCUUCCAUUUUUAACUUGACAAUUUUAGGCUUGGGGCGCUCAUGUAUGUAGAUGUUCAGUGUACAACAGUGCUGUACAUAAUAGUUUGUGUUGUACAAGGAGCCUCCAAGUAUGCGGAAAAUAUUUUUAAAAAAUGCUUAAGGCCAUUUGUAAUUAUCAGCUAUAUCUGUCUGAGGGAACAGUGUUUCCUUCUGGAAUACUCCUGUUUAAACUUACUUGAAGCAUAGUGGAGAGUGAAGGCUAGCUGCAAUUCAGGUAACUUCUACACUUCAGUGCCUACAGAGUUUGUUCAGGCAGAGCUAACGGGAUGCUGUCAUUGCUGACAUAGUUUAAUAGUUCCAUUCUUUCUUUUCCCCUGCCACUUGAAUCUUGCACUUUUUCACUUACGUGCCCCUAUAGCAACUUUCUACUUACCUCUAAAAUGGGUGUUUAAAGUCUAGCAUCUAGUAAAUGGGUUUCAUGAUCCAAUCCAAACCACUUCAGGGUCAAGGAUACCAUGCUACAUUUUCUGCUCAGUCAGCUCCUUCGUUGACUGAUCAGAGAACUUGGACUGAAACAACCCAUCAGAAUGCAAGAAUUCUGAACGUUAGAAAAUGUUUGUGCCUAAGACUGGAAUGAAUAAUUUUCUGGAUUUGUUUUGCUCCCAGCUCCUGUGAUGGGAUUUUUUAUUUUCAUUCCCUGGUUUUGGAGGGUGAUUAUCUUUAACCAAUCACAAAAACUGAUGUGGAGGAAUAUGAACUUACGGCUUUUGUUUUCAGUGGAAAGAAGUUUGGACCUUGUGGAUAUGCCAUUUCUACUACCUCCAUGCAUGCCCAGCUGAUCCACUAAGUGGUAUUUUAAUCCAUUUUAAUCCUUGCUGUUUUACUAAAGGAAUCCUUAAAAAACAAACACCCCUCCUCCCCCAAUCCCAGUGCUGAGGGCAUGAAGGUUUUGACUUUCUAAAAAUGUUACGAUUCCCCUCUACUUAGGUUAUCAGCACUGGUAUUGACCAACUGGGAGCUAUCAAGAGUCAUUUUAUGCCCCAAGUUUGGGUUUCAUGCUAUAAAAGACUACUAUGAUAUGAAUUAAUGCUAAUGUGGAACACAUGAUAAUGUAGAAACUGCUGGGUGUGUGCUGGCGUUGAAAUGUAACCUCAGUGGGGCUUGUAACAAAAUUAGGGAAUUGGGUGGGUGGGGAAACAGCUCAGGUCCAAGCAGGGUUCUGUCCUUUUACAGUGUACUUUGUAACAUUUACAUAAUCUCUUUACUACUUUUGCUUUUUCUGCUGCCUCCUUCUCAUCCUUUUUCCCAGUCACUUUGAAGUAGCAUGUCCCAGAAAGCUCUUUUUCUGGAAACAGCAGAGGAGCAGUAGAAAUACUCAUUUUCAUUUCACUUAUGAAAGCAAGAGCUAUUCAGGAAAUGUUGUUGCCAACCCCUGCAUGUCACACUUGCCAGAAUUUGUGAAAACCCUAACAUAUUAGCAUUACCAUGUUUUUUUAAUUUGUUUUUUAUUGGUUUUGUUUUUUGUUUUUUUGCUGUAUGAUGGAUAAAACACCUCUCUCCAGGUAUAUUAGCUUCAUUUGUGGUUCUGUGCCUCCCUCCUCUCCCCUCCAGUCCUCUGUUCCUAUUUGCAGUGCUCACAGAACAGUCUUUGACUGUUGCCUGUGGCAGCAUCUGACAUGCUGGGAGCGAUAAGUGCAAAGACUGGGUCUCUCCAACUCCAGUCUGACUUGCUUCUGACCCAGAUACUCUGUAUGAGAGAUGUGGAGGAUGCAGAUUCAUGGGUACUUGCAUUCUCUUCAAUGAAGCAGAUGUACACUUGCCUUUUGGUAAGAUGGUGCCACUUCAUACAGAUUUUUAUAUUAUUGUGGAAAAGGCCAUGUACAUAUCACCCUGAGUGACUGUACUAAGUAUUUUAGAAAGGAUUGUGUAGAGCUGUCAGGAACGAGCCCUGCAAGGAAGUUGAGCUUCUUUUGACAAGCAUAGCUAGGCAGGGGAGGGAUCAUUUUUCUGAAAGAAAAGAUGUACAUUUUAUCCAGCUACAAACCCAGCAGCAAAGAUUACCUGAUGCAUAUUAAGGGGAGCACCUUGCCCUGUGCACCUAGGACUGUGUAUACAAGUUCCAGUGCUUGCUGGAUAUGAUUUUUUGCAAGGCUUUCCAAUUUUAGCAUAUCUGAUUCAGAGUUGGGUUCUGUUAUGUGAUAUGCUUCAGCUACUUUGUUAAAGUGCUGGUAAUAACUGCCUGGAUGAGAUGUCUGAUGCUGUCAUGCUAAUAGUUGGGUGAAAAUUUGUAUACUUUUAUAACAUUGGUCUAUCAUGUCCCUGCAGUUUUGUUUCUGUUUAGUAGUUUGUGAAUCUAAAAUUUCAUUUUUGUGUGUAUGUUUAAUUUAUGAAAAUAAAAUUUUUUGGAGAACCUUUCUGUUUA